GUGGCAGUUUUCGGUGCGCGUUCGCAGUGAACAGUCAAAUUUGUGAAGUGUUUGAUAAAUAUUAUUACUAAAUUAGAUAGUAAAAAGCGUGACUUUUGUAAAAAAAAAAUAUUUUUCUAAAAAACUCAUAAAAUUGCAACUUGAAAAUUACUUUGAACUUGAACUUGCAAGUAAAUACUUUAAAGGGUGUAGUGUUCGACGCCAGCAGUAACUCUGUAGUGCUGUAAUAAGUUAUAUUUUACGCGUUUCGCUUUAGCCUUGACAGUCACUUGCUGAGCUAUUGGAGAGCGUUGGAAAAAAGUAAACUGAACAAAACAGCCGUCAGCUGUUGAUUUUGCUGAACAGUUUUUACAGUAGUGUGCACAAACAACAACAACAAUGGAGCCGGUCAUAAACAAAGCUUUUGUUAAUGCAGGUCAGAAGCCCGGUGUGGAAAUUUGGCGUAUUGAGGAUUUCGAACCAGUACCAUAUCCAGCCAAAUAUUACGGUAAAUUCUACGAAGGAGAUUCGUACAUUAUUUUAAAGACCACCGAAGAUCCGAAGAGCCAAAAACUUUCGUGGGACAUUCACUUUUGGCUGGGCGCUGAGACGACCACAGACGAGGCGGGCGCUGCGGCCAUUUGCACGGUGCAACUGGACGACCAACUGGAUGGUGCACCGGUGCAGCAUCGCGAAGUUCAAGAUCAUGAAUCACAAUUGUUCCUCAGCUACUUUAAAAAUGGUGUGCGCUACGAGAAGGGCGGCGUGGCGACCGGUUUCGAGCAUGUCGAUGUAAAUGCUGCUGGCGAGAAGCGUCUCUUCCAGGUGAAGGGUAAGCGCAAUGUGCGGGUGCGUCAAGUGGCGUUGUCUAUAGAGUCGAUGAAUCGCGGCGAUUGUUUCAUUUUGGAUGCGGGCGAAGAGAUACUCGUCUAUGUGGGUGAGCAAGCGAAGCGUUUGGAGCGCUUGAAAGCUAUUUACGCUGCAAAUGAAAUACGUGAUCAGGACCAUCACGGACGUUCGAAAGUGAACAUUAUUGAUAACUUCUCUUCCGAUUUUGCGAAGGAGCAUUUCUUCACUACACUCGGUUCUGGUUCGGCUGACGAAGUGCCAGAUGAAAGCACAGACGAAGAGGAUGGCGCCUUCGAGACGGCCGAUAUCAAAGCAGUUACAUUAUUUAAAGUUAGCGAUGCUAGCGGUUCUUUGGAGAUUGAGAAGAUAUCCGAAAAGCCACUGCGUCAAGAAAUGCUUAAUACAGAUGACAGUUUCAUACUCGACACUGAUUCCGGCAUUUAUGUUUGGGUUGGCCGUAAUUCAACACAGAAGGAGAAGACUAGCGCCAUGAAGGCGGCCGAACAUUUCUUAGAGACCAAUUCAUAUCCAGCCUGGACGCAAGUACAUCGUGUGGUGGAAGAUGGCGAACCGGCGCCGUUCAAGCAAUACUUCGCCACUUGGCAUGAUCAAGGCGUGUAUCACAAGCGUUUGGUACGCACCGCUCUGGGUUAUAGCACAGACGACUCGGACUAUGAGGAACCUGAGGAUGUGGAUUCGGUUGUGAAGAAUUUGAAGAAGAGUGGUGGACGCGCCAUUGCUUUUAUGCCCGAUAAUGGCGAGCGCGAUAUCGAACAUAUUAUCAAGUUCAGCUCAGAGUCGGAUGAUGAUGUGGUGCGCAGUAUUGUAGACUUCGAAGGCACCACACCUCUGAUCGGUCAAUAUGCCUACAUCAUCACCUACAGGUAUAGUGCUAAGAGCGGCGAGUCUGGUAAACUCAUUUAUGUGUGGGAAGGUGCACGAGCCAGUGAUGCUGUGAAGGAGCGUUCCUUCAAUGACGGUUUGGCGAUGGCACAGGAGGAGAAUGCCAUAUUGAUACGCACAGGACAAAGUCAUGAGCCACGUCAUUUCUUGAAAAUAUUUAAGGGUAAACUGAUUACGCCAUUCACCGAGGAGCCAAAGAGUGCACAACUCUUCCGCGUACGUGGCACAGACGCGACCGAUGUGCAUGCGACCGAAGUGAACUGUGAUGCCUCUUCGUUGGCCUCUGGUGAUGUCUUUGCCCUGAUCACGCCGGAUCACAAAGUCUACAUCUGGGUUGGACAGGGUGCCUCUGAUUUUGAGAAAUCUUCUGCGAAUGAACGUUUUGCGCACUACUGGCCUUAUGGAAAGACAGAGGUAAUUGAGGAAGGUUCUGAACCCUCGGAAUUCUGGGAAGAACUGCAUGGUGAAGGUGAAUAUGAUCGCAGCGUAACUGAUCUCGGUGCGCCUUUGCUGGAGCCGCGUCUCUUCCACUGCCAAUUGGUGGCCUGGCGUACUAAGGUGGAGGAGGUGCGCGAUUUCGAACAGUCGGAUCUCGAUGUUGACGACGUUAUGCUGUUAGACGCUGGUGAUGAAAUUUACAUGUGGGUUGGUUCCGGCGCCUCCAUCGAGGAAAAUGCCAAAAUCUUGCAAAUGGCUCGGAAAUACAUCAAACAAGAGCCUACCGAUCGCUCAGUCGAUACUGUCAGCGUCAUUCGUAUUGUUCAGGGCAGUGAGCCGCGUGUGUUUACACGCAUGUUCCCUUCCUGGGACAAUGAUUACUGGAAGUCAAUAAUAUCGUAUGAUGAUGUCAAGGAGCAGGUGAAGCAGCAUAAUGCCACACUUUGAGCUGCGGCUGUGGCAUAAAAUAACUAAAUUUGUAUGACGUGAUUAUCUGCAGUUACUAAAUGGAUGUACUUUGCGCUUUAUACUUCUCCCUUUUGGCCUUAAGAUGUUUCUAUAUACAUAUAUUUACUUUAAGAAAUUUGUACUGCUGGCAUUUCUACUAUAAAUGUACUUGAACAUUUUUUAAAAUAAAAAAAAUAUUUAUAUUUGUGAAAAAUAA